CUUGAAUUUCAUUUCCCAGAGUCGAGGGAGACAAAACGCUAUAUUAAUACUCUCUUUCCUUUUUGUACGAAAACCCAUUCAAAGUACACAUAUCCCCUCUCCUAUAACUCUGGAUUCAUCACUCUCCCUCUUUUUUUAUCAUUCUAACAAUCCCUUCUUCCUUCCAACUUAAAAAGAAACACUCUGGGUUUUGAUCCUUGUUGGUUUUGUUGAUCUGGGUAUAAUCGAAAAUUUGUUGGGGGGUGGUGAGUGGGGAUGAGGAAGAGGGAAAGGGAGAAUCCGUGUGGGAUAUGCGGCCACUAUCACAAGUACGAAGAAGAGGAAGUUUGUGGGAUAUGUGGCCAUAGAAUUCCCCUCUCUUCUGACAAAUCAUCGCUUCAAGUCAGCGCUUUUCCCUCCCUCAUCUUGCCUGGCUUUCUUUAUUUGGGUAGCUAUGAUAACGCCUCUCGCUCUGAGCUUCUAAAGUCUCAGGGAAUUACUCAUGUCCUUAAUACUGUACCUGCUUGCCAAAAUCUCUACAAGAAUUCCUUUACCUAUCACUGCCUGCAAGAUGGCAAAAUUUUACUGUUUGAUGAUGCAAUACAAUUUUUAGAGCAAUGUGAGAGGGAUAAGGCUCGAGUCCUUGUUCACUGCAUGUCAGGAAAAAAUAGGUCACCAGCUAUUGUAGUAGCUUUCUUGAUGAAAUCUAAAGGAUGGAGGCUUCUACAAAGCUACCAGUGGGUGAAAGAACGGAGACCAUCUGUUGAUAUAGGUCAAGCCGUCUACCAGCAAUUGCAGGAAUAUGAGCAAAAGCUCUAUGGAUCAUCAAAUAGUAGUAAUCUUGCUCUGCUUUCCUUCCAACCUGGUGGAGCUCCACUCAACUUCGGCUUCUCAGAGGUAAAGGAUCCAGUUCCGGUUCCUAUUCCUGCUUUCAGCAAUCUCGGCGGUGCAUCUAUAUUUGCCCAUCUGCCACCACAGGAGUUCACGUUUGGAGCCGGUCAGACCCAAAAAAAUCUCUCUGAAAACCUAGCCAACCCUAGUGGCAGUGAUAUUCCAAUGGAUAACACUUAAAAUGGCUUUAAAUUACUAGUAAAUCUUUAAGUUUUCUGGCUUGUUAGAUUUGGCGAGUUGGUACCUUCUUUCUCUGGGUGCCAUUGAAUGUUAAUGAAGCCCACACUUAUGGCUCGUCCCAAAUUUCAUAUACAAAGAUAACGUCCAUCCAUGCAUCCAUACUAA